CGAAUGGUCGAAUAUUCGCGAAUGAAUAGUAAAUUUCUAAUAUUCGAAAAGAUAUUUAGUAUUCGAAUAUUCGGUCACAUGUUUAAUACCCGUAUGCAUUGCUGUAAACGAUGCAGCAUCGUGUUAUUUCGUCACGAUGGAAAAGAGAAGCUGGGUGUGGGAGCAUUUCACGUUGAACGAAACCAACGACAAAGCCAUUUGUAAAUUAUGUCCUGUCUGCACACCUAGCCUUAUUUAUAAAGGCACGACAUCAAACCUUAUUAAUCACCUUAAAGGCAAGCACCCGUCGGCCUCAUGGUUUGUAAAAUUUAUCAUUUCUCCGAACUGCCAUACUUGUUUACAUUGGAAGUAAAAGCAGAGUUUAAAUCGCUCGGGUAGAAAAAAUCUGGAUUUUUCGAUUCAUAUUUAUUAGAACAAUUUAUACGAUGAAUGAAUUAUAGCAUGAUAUACUGAAAAAUAUGUUUGAGCUAGUGUGAAUAACGCAGUGAUAAUUCUAUUUUUACUUGAGUUUAUUAACAAGAGUUGUCGACAAAAAAUGCCAUUCGUUGUUUCAACCUGGCGAUUUUAGCUAGUAAAACAUUUUGGCGUUUUUAGCUAUUAAAUUUUUUUAAUAAAAUUGUUAAAAUAAAUCGUUUGUAGGUAUUGUAUGUAUGCUCAAUUAAUUUGAUUCCAUAUUUUCUUUUAGUGAUAAUGACCGCGGUAAAAAGAGGCCAUUAAGAUCUCAAUCAACGCUGCAAUUUAGCAAGAAAAAACCGAAGUCGCGAGAAAGUUGGUAAUUAACUACUAAGUAUCUGGUCGAGAUAUGUGCUAGAGAUCUACGCCCCCUUAGCAUUGUAAACGGAGUAGGGUUUAGAAAUGUUGUCCACUCACUUGACCCAACAUACGUAGUGCCUUCACACACCACCAUGAAAAAUUACACUAAUUAUUACUACGGCUCAUUAAAGCAAACAGUAGCGACUGAAUUACAGUCACAAUCAUCAUUAGCUUUCACCACUGACACGUGGACAUCUUGUGCAACAGAGGGGUACCUAACCCUGACAGCUCAUUUUAUUGAUAGCAUGUGGCAACUUCGUUACUAUGUCUUGGCUACGAUAGAGGUAAAAAAUCAUCACACCGGGGAAAACCUUGCGAAUGAAAUCAAAUGUAUUGUAGAGGACUUUGGGAUCUCCAAUACACCAGUGUCAGGCAUCACAACUGAUAAUGCCGCCAAUAUGGUAACUAUGACAACACACCUCGACUGGCCACAUAUUCGUUGCUUUGCGCAUACUCUGCAGCUAAGUGUGAAAGCUGGACUUAAAAUCAAGGAAAUUUCUAGUGCAGCAGCAGCGGCCAGAAAACUUGUCGGCCAUUUUAAAAGAAGUUCCCUGGCCUCUAAUGAGCUCAAAUCUCGCCAGAGGCAGUUAGAUUUACCACAACACACACUACUUCAAGAUGUCCCAACCAGGUGGAAUGCUACAUAUAUAAUGUUCGAAAGGCUCAUAGAGCAGCGCCUUGCUAUUUUUGCAGUCCUGCACAACAACACCAUUACAAGUCCUUCCGAUGCGAGAAUCCUAGAAUUACCUGAUCAGGUCUGGAAAGUCAUUGAGGACUUAGUGCCAGUCUUAAAACCACUUCAGGUUGCUACAACUACAAUAAGUGGAACCAGUUUCCCAACUCUCAGCAUGGUUUACCCUAUUGUUAUUGGUCUUCUUAAAAAUCAUUUGAAUGUGCAGGGAGAAGACAGCACUGUUCUCGUUAAGUUUAAGGAAGCAGUUACCAAAGAUCUGUCGUCUCGGUUUCCCAAGAGCGAUCAUGAUUUAGCGACACACCAUGCCGUUCUUACGUGCGCACUUGACCCACGUUACAAGUCCCUGAAAUUCAUGACAGAUGAGCAGAGGAAUCUCGUCAAAUCAAACAUAGAAUCAAAGGCCUGAAGGGCCACAAUGGCGUCAAGUUAAAGUUAAUUUGAAGAGUAAAAACCUAAAUAAUUUUUUAAACAAGUGAAAAGCUGUCAAUGAGACAGCUAACUGGGUUUUCUUUUUAUAUGUGAACUGUAUCCAUAAUCCAUGUCAACCCAUAUCCAGUGAAAUAAAGUACCUCAUAUGCAAUAUUUUGCUAAAAAAAGACUAAGUUCAAAAGCUGGUAUUUUUUUCAUAAAUAAUCAGAAAUAAAAAUCCUAAAAGUAUUCACACCUCUGAUACAUGUACAAUUAAUCUGCAAAAGAAAAACUUUUUAUCUAUAAAACUGUAGGAAUAGUUAUCUGUACAAUGAGGUAACCCUAUAUGCAAUAUUUUGCUAAAAAUUGACUAACUUCAAAAGCUGGUAUUUUUUUCACAAAUUAUCAGUAAUCAAAAUCCUAGCAAUAUGCACACCUCUGAUAUAUGUAUAAUUGAUCUGCAAAAGAACAACUUCUUAUCUUGAAAACUGUAAGAGGAG